AGGUGCCACAGCGGGUGCCACAGCGGGUGCCACAACAGGUGCCACAGCAGGUGCCACAGCAGGUGCCACAGCAGGUGCCAGGCAGCCACUGACAUUUCUUAACACCAUGAAACAUCUGGCUGCCUUACCAACUGACCACUGCUUCUGGCGUCGGUGUCUGACACUGAGGUCACUGACAAAGAGGUGGAAUUCUACGACUUCAAACGAGAUCAGGUCAUUGUAACACAACUAAAGAGAGCAGUGGUUGUAUGAGUCACUCAGGCUGACUGCAGAGGGCAGACUAGGACCUCUUCUUCAUCACUUUGAAUAAAUGAGGGACGUUUAUAACAAAAUAAAGCUCAAGUCACUGAAUAAAGAGGCCUGUUAACAUGUGUCAGAGACAACACAUGAACAUGAGCAUCGCAGGACACUUUAAUGUCUCUGCUGGAUUUCUGUUGAUGAUGUGAUGUGAUGGGGGGGAGGGGGAGGGGGCUUUACUCCACAGGAUCCUUCACACUGUUGCUGUCUUUAUUUCCAAGGUGCUCAACUUUACUUUGACAUGUGUCAGUUAUUUUGACACUGAUUCAGUCUCACUACUUCAGUAUCAGUGACAAUGAAGGUUUGAAGAUGAUUUUUUUACCCACAUAACAAAGCUGUGAGAGCAGAUAUUAGCACAGGGUCCCUCCACAGGACGUGUCUAUACUGCAGAGGUAAGCCACACAGGAAGAGGAAGCUUUCAUCGACAUUAAACUUAGACUAUGUUUGAGUCUGAUGAUCAGUCAGUCAGCAGGAGGACAACAUGGAGGUCACAGCGCUCUGCGUCACACUGUGUGAGUACUGAGUCUGUCUUUAAGGGCCUUGAUACAGCGUAGUGUAGUUAACACUGAGUGAAGGCGUCAGUGUUGAGCAGUGUCACAUGUUCAUAGUUUAAGACCUGGAAAGAGUCGAUAAUGUGUUUAUGUCAAACCAUUUGCAGUUUCCAUGAUCGUCAGACAUAAAGUGUUUGUUCUGUACACUUCUGUAAACCAUGGAUACAUUAUAUGUGUACAUUAUUCUGUAGCCGACAUGUUGAAACUUUGAAGGUUUGUCACAGAACACUUGGUUUUGGUUCAGAGGAGAUCAGGUUUUGGCUUGAAGCACCCAAAUUUGGUGGCACAAACGCGGCUAGAAAAGUAGGAACAGGUCGGAGAAAAGCACACACAGCUACUGUGGCUCACAACUCCACCAUGAUCUGCUGAAGAGAACCAGGUCGUUAAAAUUUACCAUAAACACCGGUGGAAACGUGUCGCCAAAAACAACCUGGUCUCACUUUAAGUUGUUUAAUACCAGCGCUUGAGCAGUGACCUCCGACAUCUAUCAAACUCUGUUCUGUUUUCAAAGGAGGAAAAAACAUCAGUUAGCAGUGUUGUACCAAUGUAGUGCUUUUAUUUUGAAAGAGACUGCAAACUUCUGUACGGAUUUUGGAUGUUCUCCCCGUGUCAGUGUGGGUUUCCUCCAGGUGCUCUGACAUGUUCUCCCCGUGUCAGCGUGGGUUUCCUCCAGGUGCUCUGACAUGUUCUCCCUGUGUCAGCGUGGGUUUCCUCCAGGUGCUCCAACAUGUUCUCCCUGUGUCAGCAUGGGUUUCCUCCAGGUGCUCUGACAUGUUCUCCCUGUGUCAGCGUGGGUUUCCAUGUUCUCCCUGUGUCAGCAUGGGUUUCCUCCAGGUGCUCUGACAUGUUCUCCCUGUGUCAGCGUGGGUUUCCUCCAGGUGCUCUGACAUGUUCUCCCUGUGUCAGCGUGGGUUUCCUCCAAGUGUUCUGACAUGUUCUCCCUGUGUCAGCGUGGGUUUCCUCCAGGUGCUCCGACAUGUUCUCCCUGUGUCAGCGUGGGUUUCCUCCAGGUGCUCCGACAUGUUCUCCCUGUGUCAGCGUGGGUUUCCUCCAGGUGCUCCGACAUGUUCUCCCUGUGUCAGCGUGGGUUUCCUCCAGGUGCUCCGACAUGUUCUCCCCGUGUCAGCGUGGGUUUCCUCCAGGUGCUCCGACAUGUUCUCCCCGUGUCAGCGUGGGUUUCCUCCAGGUGCUCUGACAUGUUCUCCUCGUGUCAGCGUGGGUUUCCUCCAGGUGCUCCGACAUGUUUUCCCUGUGUCAGCGUGGGUUUCCUCCAGGUGCUUUAUGUUGAUCUUGAACAGUGGUGGUCAGUUUGGCAGCCAUCUCAUCUCGGUGUCACGCCAGUCACCUUCCUUUCAACCACCAGACGUCAAAUUCAGCUCAGAUACUAUGUUAUUUUAGAGAUACUGAUAUCCUCCAUAUGAGCUGUACACAUAUAAGGCAUCCAUGAUGGUAACUUGUCUGCUAUGCUGCUUUAUACUCGACUAUAUUUCAGAGGUGUAUUUCGUCCUUUGAACUUCACUCCUAUCCAGCAGAUAGAUUUACUAAAUACUCUGCAGAUCAAGUGUGCACUCAAAAAAUAUCAUUUAUUUUACAGAUUAAUAUUCCAAAACAAUAGUUGUUGAAAUAGUUUUUUAACAGCAGAUAUGUUUUUAAUGCACAUCUGAUUUAUUGAUUUAUUAUUUCUUUAUCUGUGUGCACAGUGAUGAAUCUGUGGCUGCUGCUGGUGAUGAAAGUUCAGGACAGUUAUUCUCAGAAUGUGUACGCAGCUUUUCCUCGUGUGGAUCCAGCCAGACUUCAGUACUUUGAAUACGAGUCCAUCCAUUUUAGCUGUGCAGGGUUUGAUGGGUCUCGUGGAUGGACAGUGAUGAAAAAGAUCCCAAAUCAAAACAGCACAUGUGGCACCAGCUGGGGAGCCUUCAAUGGGUCCCACUGCAGCAUCACCAAUACCUACGUAGACGACAGUGGAGAGUACUGGUGUCGGACUGAAGACGGAAGGACAGGCAACACUGUCAGCAUCACUGUUACAGCUGGCUCAGUGAUCCUGGAGACUCCCAUCCCUCCUGUGAUGGAGGGAGACACUGUGACUCUACGCUGCAGGAACAAGACAGGUCCUGCCAACAUCUCUGCUUCCUUCUAUAAAGAUGGCCGCCUCAUCCAGAACGUCUCUGCAGGAAACCUGACCAUCCACAGUGUGUCCAAGUCUGAUGAAGGACUCUACAGGUGUCUCAUCUCUGGAGGUGGAGAGUCAGCAGAGAGCCGGCUGGCUGUCACAGGAUAUCAUGACGAGGCUAUGCCCUUUUGUUCGGAUCAACUUCCUGUUCUCCUCUACCUCCUCGUCAGGACGGUGGGCACAGUUUUAUGGGUGGCUCUGCUGCUGUUGGUGCUGAGGAGACGUCACUCUGGGGAAAGUACACAGCUGACCAAUCUGGACAGAGAAGAAGCUGGACAAACCAAAUAAUGAGUGACGCUUCACACACUUUUAAUGCACCCAGUCUCUUUUCACCCUGCAUGCUCUCUGACAUGAUCAUUAUGUGUUUAAUACGACGUGUUCUUUAAAGUGAUGUACAGAUUUAUAACUGUGUUUUGUACAGAAAAUAACUCAUUAGCAUAUUUUAUGUCUUGGCUGGUGUGUCAGUCGUGUGCUGUGAUCACUGUGCAACACAAGAUGAAGUUUCUCAGGAGUGAAGCUCAAGAUAUUUCUUGUGUUUAAACCACACCAUCUGUCUGUAAUCAGAAUAUCUUUCUUUCUUUCUAAUGUUAAACCCUGACGGACCGCGUGCAGAGUAACCACAGCGCCUCUGCAGCUCUGUGAGGAGACGCUGUGGGUUUGUUUUAGCGAAGACUCAUCGAACUCAGAAGACUCAGGUCACGUUCUUUGGUUUAGAUCUACACCUGCUCAGUGGUAGUGCUUAGUCACCUACCGUUUGUCAUGUGUGCUGGAGUAUUUUUAAUCGUGUGAAGCACUUUGUGUUGCAUUCUGUUUGUGUGAAAAGUGCUAUGUAAAUUUAUAAAUAUAUAGAUAUUUAUAUAUAUAGAUAUAUAUAUUGAUUGAUUGCAUUUGAUCUCUUAAAUAUAGCUGAGCAGUGCACAGACAGAUGAAGUGUGAACGCUCUGCUGUUUGUGGUGUUAUUUCCACCAGUGCAGAAAAAUAAAGAGCAAAGUGUUUAUUUUGUGUCUGGACGUCCAGCAUGAGAUUUCCCAUCUGUGUCACAGCAGACACACGAAACAAGGAGCUAAACCCUUUUAUACUUCACACCCAAAACACAAUUCAUUUGGCACAAAUCCAGUAUUAUUGUACAAAUCUAAAAGCAAAGCUCUGCAAUCUGAAACGCUUCAACAUCCAUUCAUCCGUCAUCAAACAGAUCUGUGUGAUCUCUGUGAACAUGGAAGGGAUGGAUGGUCAAAGCAUUUAAAAGCAGCUGGUUUCAGAAUUCAGAAGCACCAGAGGGUUUUUAUAGUCUAAACUGGGAUCAAUGGACCAUUAGCAUUUCUCCUUAAACAUAAUAACAAUCCAAUCAUUUCAAUUACUACAAAAUAUUUAGUAAUUUAAAUUUAAUUAUACGUUAUUCGUGCCUUUUUGUGUGUUCGUCAGAUGUUAACAUAUGUUUCCUUGUGUUGGACAAAUAAUUUGAACUGUUAUUAAGUGUUACUAAGAGUGCUCUCCACCACCUGUCAUUUUAACUGCUCCCUGAGAAAAGAGAAAA